AUGGCUCCUGCAACACAAGUCGAGCUGUCGCCGCCGCCUGGCGACGCUGUAUCCGCUGUCGUCUUUGCGCCAGAGUCUAGCACGAAGCUGCUCGUUGCUUCUUGGGACAAGAAUGUCUACCGAUACGACCUAUCCAAUGGCGCCAGCGAUGCCAAGCUUGCCAACACAUAUGAACACAGAGCGCCUGUGCUGGAUGUAUGCUUUGGCGCAAGCGACGACGAGGCAUACACGGCGGGCAUGGACUGGGCCGUCAACAGAAUUAACCUCACAAACGGCGAAAAGGUCCUCGUCAGCAAGCACGCCGCUCCAGUCCGCAACGUCCGCUACAGCGCAAACCACGGCAUCCUCGUCUCCGCCUCGUGGGACUGCAGCUUGAAUCUGCACGAUACCGAGAACCCAUCCAGCACGCCGCUCCGAGUCUCUCUGCCCGGCAAGCCUCAGGCCCUCGCCAUCAGCCCCUCCAAGGUAGUCGUCGCCAUGACUGGCCGCAUCAUCAACAUCUACGACCUCGACGCCAUAAAGGCGCUGCUCACUCAGGGAGGCAGCGGUUCCGACCUCAAGCCCUGGCAGCAGCGCGAGUCGUCGCUGCGGUACCUGACGCGCGCUCUCGCCUGCAUGCCCAAUGACGCGGGCUACGCUACGAGCAGCAUCGAGGGCCGCGUCGCCGUAGAGUGGUUCGAGGACACGGCCGAGUCGCAGGCACGCAAGUACGCCUUCAAGUGCCACCGGCAGCCAGCCCCGGACGGCGACGGUGACAUCGUCUACCCUGUCAACGCCCUCGCCUUUCAUAGCGUCCACGGCACGUUUGCCUCGGGCGGCGGCGACGGCACCGUCGCGCUCUGGGACGCAGAGGCCAAGCGCAGAUUAAAGCAGUACCAAAAGUCGCCCAACAGCGUCGCGGCGCUGGCCUUUUCCAACAAUGGCAAGUACCUGGCUAUUGGUGUGUGUCCGGGCUUUGAGACGGGCCAGCAGGACUACAACGGCGCGGGACAGACUUCGGUGAUUAUCCGGGAGCUAGGAGAAAAUGAGGCCAAGGGCAAGGGAUCCAAAUAG